AUGAAUCAAGAAGAAUCGCUUAAACAGAUUUUUGGCGAAGAUGACCUUAAAAAGAUCAGAUCCAACCCGUCAGUAGCAGGAUAUCUUGAUGAUCCAGAGUUCUGCACUAUGAUGGCUGAUAUUAAUCAAAACCCUCAAAAUAUUCUAAAAUAUCAAAGCAAAUUCUCCAAUCCUCUUGCUUUGAUGUCAAUUUUACCUCUAAUGAUACCAAAUGAUCAAAUAGCAAAAGAAAAAGCUAAUGCAGCCAAUAAAAAAGAACAAGCAGAUAAAGCAAAACAACAAGGAAAUGACUUUUUCGCAAAAGGAAAUUACGCAGCUGCUCUUGGUAAAUAUAAUGAAGCAAUAAUUUUAGAUCCAGAAAAUAUCAUAUAUCAUACAAACAAAUCUACGGCACUUAUGAAGCUUGAAGACUACAGAGGUGCAGUAUCUGCAGCACUUUCUGCAAUUAGCGUUGGCAAGAAAAAUUUUGCGGGUGAAGAACUAAUGUGGAAGGCCUACAUGAAAUUGGGCACAGCUUAUAAGGCUUUAGGCGAAAAAGAUCAAGCUAUUCAGGCAUUUGAAUCUGCAUCAAGAUUUAAAGAAGAUAAACUUACAAUUGAAGCUCUAAAGCAGCUACGAAAUUAA